AUGGUCAUGACGAAUGAAUUUGGUGGUGUUGGUGAGGAGCAGCUGAAGAAGGUAAGUUCUUGAAAAAGAUCAUGGUGAUAGCGAUGUUCACUGACUCUGGUGGUAGAUGGGAGCCACGCAUCCUUCUGUCGGCGGCGAGUUCAUCAAGGAUGUCGUCCAGGGCAAACGGGACCAGGAUGUUGGAAAGGUCAUUCGGAAGGACAUAUUCCAGCCUUGGUAG